GUGAUUUUAACCCGCUGAUUUUUCUCUACUAAUCAUAAAGACAUUGGCACUUUAUACUUAAUUUUUGGGGCCUGGGCAGGAAUAGUAGGCACAGCAUUAAGUUUAUUGAUCCGCGCAGAAUUAAGCCAACCUGGGGCCCUUUUAGGGGAUGACCAAAUCUACAAUGUUGUCGUCACAGCCCAUGCUUUCAUUAUAAUUUUCUUCAUAGUUAUACCAAUUAUAAUUGGCGGGUUUGGGAACUGACUCGUGCCAUUAAUAAUUGGAGCGCCAGACAUGGCAUUUCCACGUAUAAACAAUAUAAGUUUUUGGCUUUUACCCCCUUCAUUAUUAUUACUCCUAGCAUCAUCAGGAAUUGAAGCAGGCACAGGCACAGGCUGAACUGUAUACCCCCCAUUAGCCGGAAAUUUAGCCCACGCCGGUGCCUCUGUAGACCUGACUAUCUUUUCUCUUCAUUUAGCAGGAGUAUCUUCAAUUCUAGGAGCUAUUAACUUCAUUACCACAGCAAUUAACAUAAAAUCCCCAGCCAUGUCACAAUACCAAACACCCCUAUUUGUGUGAUCAGUACUUAUUACAGCUGUCCUAUUAUUACUAUCGCUACCAGUCCUAGCUGCAGGCAUCACUAUACUAUUAACAGACCGAAACCUAAAUACAACUUUCUUUGACCCUUCAGGAGGGGGAGACCCAAUCUUAUACCAACACUUAUUCUGAUUCUUUGGCCAUCCUGAAGUAUAUAUCCUAAUCCUACCAGGAUUUGGCAUAAUCUCCCAUGUAGUCACCUAUUACGCUGGCAAAAAAGAACCCUUUGGCUAUAUAGGAAUAGUUUGAGCGAUAAUAUCUAUUGGAUUUUUAGGCUUCAUCGUGUGAGCCCACCACAUAUUUACCGUUGGGAUAGACGUAGACACCCGAGCCUAUUUUACAUCUGCAACAAUAAUUAUCGCUAUUCCAACAGGAGUAAAAGUAUUCAGCUGAUUAGCUACCCUGCACGGCGGAAUAGUCAAAUGAGAUGCCCCUAUACUAUGAGCCCUUGGUUUCAUCUUCCUCUUUACUAUCGGAGGGCUAACAGGCAUCGUACUAGCCAACUCAUCCUUAGACAUUGUACUACAUGAUACUUAUUAUGUAGUGGCACAUUUCCACUAUGUCCUAUCAAUAGGGGCUGUAUUCGCUAUUAUAGCAGGAUUUACCCACUGAUUCCCACUUUUCACAGGAUACUCACUGCACCAAACUUGAACAAAAGUACACUUUGGGGUAAUAUUUGCAGGAGUAAACAUAACCUUUUUCCCCCAACAUUUCCUAGGCCUUGCUGGAAUGCCACGACGUUACUCCGACUAUCCAGACGCAUACACUCUAUGAAAUUCUAUUUCAUCAAUCGGAUCCUUAAUUUCCCUAGUAGCAGUAAUUAUAAUAAUAUAUAUUAUCUGAGAAGCAUUCUCCUCAAAGCGAAAAGUUAUAAAAGCUGAACUCACAACCACCAAUGUAGAGUGACUUCAUGGCUGUCCACCUCCCUACCAUACCUAUGAGGAGCCAGCCCAUGUACUAAACCCAAGA